AUGCAAGGAGACCAAGACAAGUCCCCACGCUCACUACGCACUGCUCGACGUGGAGAGACAUCCCGGCGGGCUAGGGAUCCUGCCACAGACUCCAUCGGUGUUGCGGCAGCUGCGCAGGAGGAGUUGCCCGAGCACAGGGAGACAGAGCCUCCCAGGGAUAAGGAUCAGAGGGCUGGGGGGAGUUUGCUGAGGGGCCCGCCUCGGAUGAUGGCGUCGGGGGCGGACCGGGAACAGCAUGAGGAGGAGACAAGGGUCCAGGCGCGAGAGGCGGCGGCUGACGUGGUGACAGUGGAGGAGUUGGCUGAGGAGGAGAUACCGCAGGAGGCUGAGGUUGAGGCUGCGGCAAACUCUCAGCCAGAGGAUGAGGCGCAGAGGGAGGCGCGAGUGUCGCCGGAGGCGGAACUAGCCGCUGCUGGGGAGGCUGUGACUGGAGGAUUCCCCCGGGUGGGCGGUGUUGCUGCCGCUGCCGGCGAGAUAGCCGAUCCUGCCGCCGCGGCUGCGAUCGGAUCGGGCCAGAGGGCACUGCCCUUGCGUGCAGGCAGCGGCGAGGAGAUGACUGACGGUAGGGGUGAGCCUGUGCGCAAGGCGAGCGGUAUUGAGGCGGGCGCCGACUCCACACAGCCGAUGCCACACGAUCCAGAGGAUCCGACGACAUUGGGAGCGGCGGCGGAAGCAGUGCAGGUCGGGGACGUUGCAGUGUCGCAGCAACAAAAGCGCCGCGAGAGACGCCAAAGGCACGAGAUGGGCGAGACGGCCCCGCCUGCAGUGCAGCGAGCGGCACGAGGCGAUGGCAGAAUCCGUUGGGUAGCGCCGUCAGCGCCGUGGAUCCCGGCGGGUAGGGGGGGUCAGAGAGGUGGUGCGGAGGGAGGGGGAAGGGCACAAAGGGGAAGGGGAAGGGCGAGGGCUCCUCCAGAGCCGCCAAGAUCUGGAUCAUGGCGGGAGCGUCACGGCAGGCAGGAGCCAAUUACAGCUCAGGGAGAGGAGGAGCAGGAAGAUGGAGAUGCUGCCAACGAAGCGGACGAUCCAUCGUUUAUGGCCUCCGCCACACCGAGCUCGGAGAACAUUUCGCUCCCAGAAGAAGAGGAGGUGGGCAGCCGCGCGGCACGAAUCCCGCGAGCCGGCGCACCUCCACACAACGUGGACGGAAUGCCAGCCCCAGCAGCUGAUCCGGUGGCAGCACCGGCGGACCCACGAGCCCAUGACGUUUGA